AGCUAGUCAUUUGGGGGCUUGUAUGUCUGCAUUGCAACUUUCCUGGGUGUGCACAAGUUUGCCGUCAGGUAUACACAGCAAACUGUAUCCUCCAAGAAGGAAUUCCUGAAUUCCUUUUGCCAUCAGCUGGGUCUUUAUUAAUAAUGACUCUCCUGUGUCCUGUCUCUGUAAAGCUAAUAAAAAAGCAACAUAUCAGACCAGCUGAAGUGCUAUGAAAACUGCUACUUACAGGUUACUGAAUUCAACCAAAAAGAGACACUUGUGUUGCACUCCUUAUGUGACUAUAUUUUUCAGGCUGUCGAAAAUUUGCUAAAACUUGGCAAUAAAAGUCUCAAGCAAGGAGCAAAUAUUUGCUGCUUUUGAUCAUUUAGAAAAAAAAAACAGAGUGAGGAUAUUUAAAAAUGAUAUGAAAUCUAAACAAACUUUUUAAAACGUUGGCUUCUGUGAUUUUAUAACCCAACACUGUGGGCCUAAUUCUGUGUUGCUCUACUCCCUGUGCAAUCAUUUCCACCAAUGCAAAGAGGGUGUAGAAUGGCACUGGGUCAGAAUUGACACUCGUUUUACAUGGGUGUAAAUGACUGCACAGCAAAUAAAGCCCUUUGAUUUCAGAAAUAAAAAGGAAAAUAACUCGAUAGCAUGGUCUAAUGGCUUUGAGCAUUUAAAAACAAAGCUUUUAGAAAGCCUAAAGUUGCCAGCUUGUUAUGCAUAUUUGUGCAGUAGAUUGUGUGUAAAUAAUGUGUAUUUAGAUACUAUGAAUAUCAAUAGAUAAAGAUAUACAGAGAGAGCUUUAAAUUCUAGAUUCACACAUAUACAUUUAAAAAAUCCGUAUUCCAUCACUACUCCUUUACCCUGUAGUCUACGGUAUACUGUGUGUGUGAUAGAUAUGUGAAUGAAUUUCAUUUAAUGGAACAGUUCCCUAGGAGGAAAGAUUUAGGUUUUUCCCCCCUUCCAGUCUAUCUGAGAAAAAUAAUAUCAAUAACACUCUUAAGAAACAAUAUAAAUAGCACUUUAAAAAAAAAAGGCUUCUUAAAUUGUUUCUUACCUGCUAGUCUACAGUGGUUCCAAAUUUCAUGUUCAGGUCUAUUGCACAAAGCUAUGUUUGACUAAGGAAAUGAAUAAAUAAUAGAAAGAACAUGUUUCUAAAAUAAAUUGUCAAAACUUCCAUAGGAGAAGGAUUAGACCCAGGAUUGUGUAUGCUAGAUCCUUUCUCUAAAGAUUUGUGUUUCUUUUUUGUUUUUAAAAUUCCAAUAUAUAAACAGCUUUCUCUUUUCCGAUUAAAGUGGUUGCAACACGAAUACCUAAACAAAUAAAGGCAGUGUUAACAAAGCGUAUAACCCAGCUGAAAUGCCAUUACUAGGGAAUAUGCACAGCCAGCAGAGUGUGAUCAGAACAACAUUGUUCUGACCACACUCACCCUGAAUUGUGUAGACUUAAUCCUGAUCUCACUCGCACCGUUGGAGAUGAGUACAGUAGUAGCUCCAUUAAAGUCAAUGGAAUUACACUGCAGUGAGAUCAGGAUUGGGCCCUUUGUCUCCUGGUAGUUUUCAUCUUCAUAUAGAAAGGUGGGAUUUGCCAGAGUGGAUCAGUUUCUCAGUGAUUAUGGGGAGCAAUAACUUUACUUAAACACAGCAGGCCAAAUUAAUUCCUGGGGUGACUCCAUGCAAGCCAGUAAAGCUGCACCACAUAUGAUUUUAGCCCCUUGUGUUUGCAAGUUAAUAUGUGCUGAAUACACACAAUAUGAUACAUAUACAGGGUCCAGUCCUGCUCUCACGGAAGUCAAAGGAAGGCUGCUCUUUCGCUGAGGUCUUAGAUCCAGAACACAUCAUCCCUGCUUCCUUCUCAACAUGGCGCAGAUUUCUUCUGUCACUAAGAAAGGGGAGGACUCUCCUCACAUGCAAGGCAGAUCUAGGUGGUUCAAGCAAACGGGUACCCUUCCAAUAAUAAGUUUUCCCCGUCAGCAUUGUGGCAACAGAUGCACAAGCAGAGAGAUACGGCCAGAUACAGCAGUUGUCAUGAGUUGGUGGUAUAACUGAAGGGUGGUCUUAGAGCAGAGGUUCAUCCACAACCCUAACCCUCAAGAAUUCCUAUAGGAUUCACAUAGUGCUUGGAUUUUCUUUCUGAUCAGGAAAGCCUGGACCGUGACACCUGUAUAUCAUAUUUGGGAAAUGAAUUUGACGGAGGGUCUGUGCUUUAAAGAAAACCAUUUGGACCAGGGAUCCAUGCUGUGGCCUGAUAAGGGUCAGUUACCUCUGCCUUCCAGGAUGGGGGAGCAGCACAAUGGCAAAAGGGCAAGAAAAUAUUUUACAGACAAUAAUUUCUGACACUAAUGUGGGUUUAAUGGAUACAGAGCCCAGGUGUUUAUCUUUAACUAAUGUUGCUUUAUAAAUAGCACUGAAACAAAGGCCAUCAUACCCAUGCAAAUCUGUCAGCCCUUGCUCACACCAAACUCCCACUGGAGCCGAGGAGAAUCUUGCUUGAGAAAGGACUGUGGGGUCUGGAUUUAUAGAAAUAUAAGUGCAGCGAAACAAAGGAGGGCAAAGAAUGUUUCUAAUGAGCGAGCAAUGGGAAAAGGACAAGGGCAAAGAGGUCUGUUUGUCCAUGUGCAGGGGAAUUUAAAUCUCAUUGGCAUUAAUGGAAAUGUUUAAAUUCACAUUUUGCUGAGAGGAGAACAGACCCUCUAUGCUCUGCCAUGUGCAUAUAGGCUCAAAGCUGGUAGAUCUACUGGCCUAACUUUUGAAAAGUGACUCCUGAUUUUAGGUGCCUCAAUUUUUAGGUGCCCAACGUGAGACCUCCUGAAGAGAGAGAGAGUGCUAAACAUCCACCCUCUGAAAAUCAGGCCCCUUUAAGGGGUCUCAAGUUGGAGCACCCAAAAUCACGCGUCACUUUUGAAAAUUCAGGCCAUAUUUCUCAGUAAGUGUUAGAUCUGACUAGGCUGAAAAGCAACACUGAAUCAUGUUAAACAUGCCUUAUCGAAAUGUGCAAUGGAGUUGUAGCCAUGUUGGUCCUAGUAUAUUAGAGACACAAGGUGGGUGAGGAAGCGUCUUUCACUGGACCAAUAGCUUCUCUCUCUCACCACCAGAAGUUCUAAAUAUAAUAGCUAUAUGAAUAUUCUACAGUAGUAUCCCCAGAAGACUGUAAUACUAAUCGAAGCAUGUGGGUUUUAGGCCAUUGCUUUAGAACACUGCAGUACUCUUUUAAAAAGGACUUGUUUCUAGUCUGAGCGUUCCAGGAAACCCUGGCUUCAGAGGGGAAGGUUCCUGGGAUCCGAGAUUUCACAGGAUGAAUUUUGUCACGGGUUUGUAAACAUUCAAAAUCUCUGCCUUGGCUGCUUUGUUUCGUCUUUUGUAUUCUCCACAGUGUUGUGCUUUCAGAUAUUCCACAGUGACAUGGUCCCAAUGGUGGAGGUAUGUGGCUUGAAAGUACAAAAGAGCCCCCAGUUAAUUCAGACCGUUUAUUUUCCCCUUUGCGUGUAUUUAUUAAAGUUCAUUAAAGGUGGUCGCUAUAGCUCUGUUAAACACUAGAAAUAUUGAUUAUUGUUCUGGUUCCUACAGGCCCCAACAAGAUCAGGGCCUGUUGUUCUAAGCGCUGUACAAACGCACAAUAAGAGACAAUUCCCGUCUCAAAGAGCUUACCACUGAACUAGACAAGACAGGCCAAGGAGGAGAAGAAAAUGGAGGCACAAGGAGAUGAAGGAAUUUGCCCAAGGCCACACCCCAGAGGUAGUGGUAGAGCUGGGAAUAGGACCCAGGUUUCUUGAUCCCUAAUCCAAGGCUCUAUCCACUAGACAUCACUGCCUCUUUUUUAUCUUCUUGCCUUUAAAUCUGAUAGCCCUGCAAGGGGAACUCCUGGCACAUGGCUCCUGGAGAAUCCACCCUUUAUAGGAGACACAAGGAGCUAUGGACAGGUAGUGGUGGUGGUGACAUGGGUGGUUAUUCCUACAUUGGUGAGCAUUAGGCCCAAAAGCCUACUGUCCAUAUUCUGCUUUCAGUUUAGCUAAUUCAUUCCAGUCCCAGGGAACUCAAACUCGUUUCUGCUGGGUUUUCUACCAGGGCUUCAAAAGACCCAGGGUGUUAGUGCUGGCCAGUGUAAUAUCUUGUGACAUCCAUGCCAAAUCUUCCCUUCCCUGCUGGCUUGAGUUCCACAGCCCAGUGCUACCAUGAAAUUGAAGGGAGAAACAAUGGGUUUCUUCUUUCUCCUUUGUUCCGCAUUGCACUAAUGCACACUGAACAAAACUCAGCACAAAGUGUUUCUCUGGGGCUCUUUGGCCUCUGUUUUAAAUCAGCCCGGCAAGUAUCUGCCUGAAUUGUGAAGCAGGCUCCAUCUUGUGUUUCAUUUCCUGUUAUUCAAGGGCUGAGGGGACUCAGAAAACCUCACUGUGAAAUAUCAAAUAGCGAGUGUUAACAUGCUAGUGGGCCUCCCGGUUGGAAAAACAGGGCUGCGCUGUGGGGUGUAUUCUUGAGGAGCCCGAUCCUUGAUGUCAAUGGGAGUGUUGAUUGAGCAAGGAUUUCAGGAUUGGGACCAAGGGGCCACAUUCAUCCCUGGUGUAAUUCCACGGAGGUCAAAGGUGUUAGACAUGGGAUAGAUUUAGUCCAAGAUAUUUGCUUAUAACCAGCCUGUUAGUAAUUACUGAGUCCCAGCCUCCAUUGCAGACCCGUUCGCCCCCCACCCAUUAAUCGCAGCUUCAACAGCCAUUCACUUUGGACUAUCCAAGCAGAAAUGUCGCUUUGUGCCGGGAAUUCCCGCUGCCGUUUCUGCCUGAACACCCAUUGAGGGUGUUUAAUGCUUGUGCGUGGAGAGGCUGUGAGAGCUGCUGCUAUUGAGAAAGAGAUCUUCAUCUAUUCUCCGCAUUGUGUAACUUGUAUGGCUACAUCUGAACCCGCGUGAAUUUUUUUUCUGAGGAGGUGGAUGGGGUAACGAGUUGCUUCUGAUACUUGUUUGCUUGAGGUUUAUUCUCAUUGCUGCAGUUGAACUGCUCUGUGAGUGACCCACAGUUUGGCUGGGAGGGGUUAUAUUUAGUCUGCGUGGCUUGGUUGAACUCUAAUUCUGUGAAUACAGCUCUCAUGUCGCGAACCAGCAUCUGUCACAUGAUUUUGGGUCUUGCUUGCCUGAUCCAAGGGAAAUGAGCCAAAUUCUGUUCUCAGUUACAGUGAUUUAAAUCCAGAAUAAAACCACCAAUGAAGUAACCCUGGAUUUAUACCUCUGAGAGCAGAAUUUGUUCUCUUGGCUCUAAACUGGCAUUUGCCUGGUUCUCUUUCUGCUUAGGUGAAUGUAGGACUUUUUGUCUGUGUCUGGUGGAGAUGAACUGAAAGAGUUUAAUGAUGAAGCCAUACCUGCAGAUUAGUGCAAUGUAUAUUCCUGUAUUAUCAAUGUAUAAAAUAGUGGUUUGACACCGAUUCGCAAUGAAUAAGUAAGUACCUGUACAACAAACAAACAGCCGGUGGAUGAUAAAAGUUCCAUAUACUGUAUCAGAGAAAAAUAAAUAAUACAGCACUUAGAAGUGUAAUAUUAGCAUAAAUCAGAAGUGGCAAAUAGUUUGAAAGCAAAGUGGGGAGCGGGGAAGGAAGCACGGAUGCAGCUGAAACAUAAGGCAGAUCAUUCCUUGGUAUGCUGGCCGCUUUGCAGUGUUAGAUGUAGGGGACACAGAAUGCCUUAAGGGAUGUCUUGUAUGUGGCAGUAGAAGAAUGAGCCUGAAGAAAGAAAUGGACCAGAGUUGUGGGUGGUUUCUGAGACAGUAGAAUUACUGCUGUGUCGGACUAGGUUGAUUGUAACUGGGGAGAUCUCUGUCCCAAACCCUGAGUAGAUAUCGACUCUGUAAAAAGGAUUCACGGGGGGCGGGAGUGUGGUGUUUGCUGAUCUUGAACAAAUGUCAGGGAUGCAGUGGUACAUUUUUAAUAUGUCACACAGGAGCUGGACUGAUAAAGACAGCUGUUUGCUUACAGGACUUGUGUUCACAAAUCCGGUAUUGUCCUCCACUGAAAAAAGAGAGGGGAGCCAAAGAAAGAAUGAUGGGAAGGAGUGGGCAGUGCUCAUCUUUCCAAAAAUAACACCCCUGCCAUGAUGGGAUCAAAUACUUGGAGGGAUUUGCUGAAGUGAGGCCAGUGAUCUAUUCUAAACCAUUCUCCUGGAGCAUUUCUCUCAGUGCUAUAAGUAAACCUCAGGAAAAGAGGCUGUUGGUCAGUAUUUGCACUCUGGAAUUAAAGUAGGCGUUAAACAGACUCAGAACUAUUAAAAUGCACAUGCCAUUAUUGAAGUCCAGACUGUAAUGGGUGCCAUCGCCACUAAUAAAAUAAACAGCCCAGCCCUGGAGAGUUGCCAUGUAUCUGCUUUUCACACAAACUUCUCUUUCAGCAAAGCAACCAGCAUAAGCUGCACAUGAUUAUAAUAAGCAGCUGCGAGGAAGACCUUGUUAAAAAGAGAAAGCAUAAGCAUCCAGGCAACUUCUGUACCAAAUCAGGGAUGAGGAUGGGGAACAUGAUGUACAAACUCAGCGCAAUACCCAGACUUCUGCAGUGUUUUGAGCCUUGAGCAUGACCAGAAAGAUCUUCACCAACACCAGGGAGCGGUGGAGGCAACAAAACGUCAACAGCGCCUUUGCCAAGCUGAGGAAGCUCAUCCCCACCCACCCUCCGGACAAAAAACUGAGCAAGAAUGAGACGCUCCGCUUGGCCAUGAGGUACAUCAACUUCCUUGUCAAGAUCCUGGGGGAGCAGGGCCUGCCUCAGGCAGGAGUGACUGCCCGGGGGAGUAUACUGGGGCUGUUCCAACAAGCCCCACAUUUGCAGAGCAUGGAGGAACUGACUCUGAUUGAAGACUGUGGAGUCCCUUCUCCGGGCACAAGCAGCAACAUCGCAGAGUGCUGGUCAGAGUCGUCGUCCCCCUAGCAGGGCAGUGAGUGAUGCAGUCCUGGUGUUAGUUUGAUCGUCUCCUUUGCAUAACGUGUGGAUUGUUUGCCUCUGUACAGUAUUUAUCUAUUUAUAUCUAUUACUGUUGCAUUAAAUAUAUUUUUAUUUAAAAGGAAAGGAGGUAGAAGGAGGACAAUGGCUUGGAAGACUAGGGAGUGGGACCCUUGGGAAUUUGCAAGGAUUCAAUGUAGUGAUUUCACAGAUUCAUGGAAAAAAUCAAAGCCAAGAGGGGACCAGUAUGAUCUGAGCCCCUGUAUAACAGAGGCCAUAGAAUUUCAUCCAGUGAGAGCUGCAGUGGAAGAGAUUAUUCUUCCUUGCUACAUAAGGCUUGUGGCUUAGCUAGAGAGUUUCACUUAAACAAUAUCCAGCCUCGACAAAAGGUUCUAAGCUAUGGAGCAUUUACCACAUCCCUUGGUCAGCAGUUCCAAGCUAAGAGUUUACAUUUUAUUUCUGUAUUGAAUUUUUCUAACAUGUAGCUUCCAGCUGCUGGAUCUUGCUUUGCCUUUGUCUGUUAGACUGAAGGCUCUCUAACAUCAGAAUGAAGCACAAAUGAGUAUAUAAAAAACCAGCCACCAAGAAAUUAAAACAGAAAUGCCAGCUAUGUUGAAAGAAGAAAUGUUAUGGGCGAAGUUUCAGCAGAUGCAGUGGAGAGAGUCCAUCAGCAAAUCUAUACCCAGCUGUGGGAGCCCGGGGGCGGAAGAAGUGGCCGUCCUCAUUCUGGCUCCAUUCAAAAUCCACAGAGAGGCUGCUCCUCUGACCUUCCAUGGCAGGACUUAAAGGGCCAGGAGGUAGCCUUAUGUACAUGAAUCCCCUGGCCCAGCAAAGGCCCCUGUAUGCAAACCUCUAGGCAAAUUCCACACCACCUGCAGACGACGCCAAACAAGAGCAGGAAGCGGGGACUCUGUGAAGCUGUUGCUGGCCAGAAUACAGGCCUGCAUGAGCCCAUAUUUUACAGCAAAUAUGUGUGCCCAUUUGGCACGCUUCCAGUGGUUCUCAAACGAUGGGGUGGGCCUCCCAAGGGAGGCACGGGAAUGUAUCAAGGAAUGUGCGCACUCUGGUUGUGUGGGUUUGGUUUUUUUAAGCACUCUGGGCUCUGACUCUCAGUCCCGCGUGGCUGGGGCUCGUGCAGAAGCCGGGAAGCAGGGAUAAAGGGAACAGGCAGAGCCUUGCCGCCCCCCUCAGUCCCUCACUGGAAGGCAGCCGGGGCUUGAGCUCUCCUUCCCCCCUCCUCAAUCCCCCACCGAGGCAGCCUGGGCUCAGGCUGUCCUUUCCCCGCGCCCCCAAUCCCUCACCUGGAUGUGGUGGGGCUCUGACUGUCAGUCGGCGUGGCUGUAGCAACGCAGAAGUAAGGGUGGCAAUGGGGCGCUAAGUCUGCUGUGAAUGGUGAUAUUGAUGCAUCCGAUGAAGUGAGCUGUAGCUAACGAAAGCUUAUGCUCAAAUACAUUUGUUUGUCUCUAAGGUGCCACAAGUCCUCCUGUUCUUCUUGUGAAUACAGACUAACGUGGCUGCUCCUCUGAAACUUUUUACAUUGCCACCCUCACUUCUGUGCUGGUACUGGCUGGGCACCUGGCCAGCAGCUGCUGCUCUCCGCUCUGCCUUUCGAGCUGGGUGGUGGUAUAUGUACCGGGGGGGACACAUAAACCACUACAGACAUGAAGAAGGGAGGCCCGAUCAAAUAAGUUUGAGAACCACUGCUGUAGGGAAUACCUAAAUUAUAUAGCAGGUGCUGAGAUGGUAACCUUUAAGUAUCUCAGGCAAUUGUCAGGUGUUUAAGGAUGACCACGUGGAGUGGGAGAGCAAUUGCACCGUAGAAUGUUGCUCACCAAUCAGUUCAUUUGAGUAUCAGAGUUGCCCUCCUGUGUCAGCAAAGAUCUGAACAGCUCGGAGGUGUUAAAAAUCAACUUGAACAGCAGGUAGAAAGUCUAGGGAUUCAAAUGUAAAGGGUUUCUGGGUCAAAUCCUGCUCCUGCUGCAGUCACUGACAAAACGCCCGUUGAGUUCACAGAGAUUGGGAGGUGGCACGCAUACCUGAGACUGAAGUACAUUCAUUAUGGUUCAACAAGUGGAAGUGACCCGUGCUCUGCCAGAUCUCCUUGGCUGCUUCUGCCUCCUCAUGAGAAGAUGAGCCGUCUUCAGAAAUUGUAGUUAGGGCUUUGAAUGCAUUACACUGCUUGCAACAUUUACGCUUGUAGCACAGGGAAUCUGUCACCCGAUGAUGAGUUUCCUAUCAGAAUCACACACACCUAACAUACAAACAUCUCCACAUUCCCUAUAUAUUCAUUUGUCUCAGGGGAGCUGAAAAGGAAAAGAUUUGGCCCAGGCAUGGUUUUUUGCUGAUCUGAACACUUACGAAGACUAAAGUUUGUCAAAAACAUUUCUGCUGUGGCUCUGUGAUUGCUGCUGUAUUGCACGGUGGAGCUAGCAGAAACAUUUCAAAUACUGACAAAAAAAUUUUAGUGAACAAUUAAUUUUAUUUUUCAAAGAACUCUGGUUUCCAGCCUAGUUACUCCUAGAUUUUGGCGCUUUGAGGACAUGAAAUGAGUGAAGUGGAAACCUCUGAGUGGAAACACGCCAAGAGUCUUUUUCAUGAUCUGUGAAGUUCAUGCUUUAUCCUUUCCUAUGCCCACUUGAAUGUGGCUACUCAGAUUGAUAUUGUCUAUUCUAGGCAUAGGCUCAAAUGUAACGGGCUAGCUUCUCAUCCUGGGUAUCUGUUGGCUUCGAUGGAGUUACACCAAGGAUUUGGCCAAAUAGGUGUAAACAUUUACAUGUGAGGAUUGUUGGCGCUAUUCUUUCCAUCAGCCCAUUGCUAUCAUUGGAAAUGUUUUCUCAUCAGCAAAGCAAGUCAAAACAGAUCCAUUCUUUGAGCUGAGUAUUGUUGUCAAGGAAAGGGAAGAAAGCCUCGCAAUUAAGUAAUGUGAAAUGCUUGUUGUUUAUAUAUUGAAAACUUUUCUUAUUUUUGGUUCAAAUGUUUUUUGUUCUCUUUUCAUUUAGGAUCUCCUACUCGGCGGUACAGCAUGUGUGUGACUAGAUUUAUCUACCAAAGAUUUGUUUGUCAGGUCUUCUCUUCGUUUUUUGUGAUUUCUUAUCUGUAUGGCUGUGAACAAAUAUGGUGUAACUGAUCACAUUUUGUUGUAUACAGUGUUAUUUAACUGCUAAUAUAUUCAAAAUAAAUUAUUUAAGAAACUAACCUUUUUAUCUUUCUAAACUUUACUCUUAAAUUCAAAGAACAUCUGGCAGGGGAUAUCAAAUAGUAAAGCAGAAUGAAUUAUAACACCAGGACCAUUUUCAUGUUCGUCACUGACACGCUGCUUCUGAUUCUUCAGAAUAGUUUACCGGAAAUGCUUAGAAGUUAGAGAUGG